AUGGAAAAUUUUUCGAAUGAAAAAUCAACUCCUACGCCUCUCGUUAAAUUUUUCGAAAAUGUACGAGUAAUAAAAAUUGAUUUAUCAAAUUUAAAAAAACGUGUCAACGACCUCAAAAUAAUUUUAAAUGAUAACAGCCAAUGGAUAAAUGAUGGAACGACGAAAUUAGAAGAAAAAAUAGAAGAAGAAAAAUUAAAAAUCGGUACAAAAGCUAAAACAAUCCGAUGUAAUUUAAUGCAAAUGAAAAAUAAUUCAAACGAUUAUGAAAAAAAAUAUAUAUUUUUAAGAAUAAAAGAAGUACAAUUAAAUUCAAUAUUAAACGAAUUAAAUGAUAUAUUAAAAGAUUAUUUAAAUUGUUUAAUGAAACAAAGAGAAAAAUCGUUUAAAAUAUUUAACGACAUGAUAAAAGGCGAUGUGGAUUCGGAUAUAAACGAACUCGUUGAAGAAGGAAAAAUCGCCAUAUUUACCAACAACUUGUUGAUAAACGACGUGGAAGAAAAAUAUAAAUUAAGAGAUGCGGAAGAAACGUGCGAAAAUAUAUUGAAAAUAGAAAAAUCAAUUAUGGAAAUUAGAAAUUUAUUUAACGAAUUAUCAUUUAUUGUUGAUUUGCAACAGGAAAAAAUACAACAAAUCGAACAUUCCGUCGAUGUUAAUUUACAUAAGGUGGAAAAAGGAAGGAAAAAAAUUAUAUCGGCCAAUAAGAAAAAAUCUAAAAUUCGUUAUGUGAGUUUUUACGCGAUAAAGGGCCUUUUUUAA